AUGACAAUCUCUCCCGCCCCAGCCCUGCAGCUGACCAGUGAGAGCAAGACCUUCUGGAGAGUGGAAGAGGAGCUGAGCUGGUCUGAGGCCCUGGAGUGCUGCCGGCAGCACCGCACAGACCUGGCCGACCUGCAGAGCAUGAGCGACGGGAGCAACAUCAAGACCCUCUAUUCCCUUACCAGCAGCACCGCGGCCUGGAUCAGCCUCUUCUUCCACGUGCGCCUUGGGGGCCUGAGAUGGUCCAGCGGCUCCACCUUCAGCGUGCCAGUGUGGAGCUCCGCCGUCUUCGAGGAGGGUCUCUGUGCCACUCUGUAUUCAAUAGCCAUUUUCCCCAGCCUGGGGGCCGCCUCGUGCACUGCUCAGAAGCCCUUCAUCUGCGACUACGAUCCUGCCCUGGAGCCCCACACCCUCCUGGAACCGGCUCUCAGCCUGACCACCUCUCCAAAGCCAGCUGAGGUUCAGAUUGGCAAUCUGAACUUCAAGCAAUGUGACCAAGAAAGGAAGUGGCUGGCAGCUGUGAGGUACUGCCGCAGACACCGCACAGACCUGGCUGACCUGCAGACAGUGACUGAGGAGACAGACAAGGAGGCCUUGAAAUCCAUCACGAGUUAGACUGAGGCCUGGAUUGGCCUCUACUUCAGUGCGGCCUCUGGGUCUCUGAGAUGCUCCAGUGACGUGGGUGCCAGCGUCCCGACCUGGCUGCAGGUGCCUGAGUUUGGGGCAGGACUAUGUGCGGGUCUCCGCAGCUACUGGAGCUUCUCCGCCAGAAUUUCUGCAGUGGCCUGCUUUUCCCUGAAACCCUUCAUCUGCUUCCAUGACCCCACCAUUGGACACCGGGAGUCAGCAGCCCUCCCUCAGCUCUCCUUCAUACCCUCCUCAGAAGUGACCAUGGGGACAACGCCCAGGCCAAGUCUCACCUGGCCCAGGCCGCACCUGGCGGGGUCAGAAGGCCCUCCUUGCUUCGCCCUGUCUGCGAUGGGUGUGCAGGGCCGGGCGCGGAAAAACCGCACGCCGCGCACCGCGGUCCCCCCCCACCCACCCCGCAUCCCCUCCCCGGCCGCUCGGCGCAGCGGGCCCCACGGAAGCCUUCUCUCUGGCGUAGGGGCCAGCGCCGGCCCCGCGCAGGGUCCGGCUGAGGCGGCGCGGCUCCCGCAGCUAGUCAGCCCGGAGCCCGCCGAGCUCGGCCCCCGCCCCCGCGCCCCCCGGGCCUCCUCCUCCGCGGGCCCUGAGGCUCCAGAGACCCAAGGGACGGCGGCGCCGAGCCCUCCGACCCACCUCGAGAUCCCUGGGUACGGCCCUGUCCGCGGCGGUGGGCCCUCGACCCCGCCGGUCACCGCCCAGAAUACGUCCUUCGGCCCCGUGCCCCCGGCCUCCGCGCCGACCCCAGCCUCGAGCUCCGCGCUCCUGGGGAGCCCCUCUGUCCCCCAGGAAGUGACCGAGACCCCUCUGGCCUCCGCCUCGAGCCCUGCUCCUGACCCCGCGCCCCCGGAGGACCCCGUGACCCAGGGCGGGCCCGGGACGCCGCGGGGGGCGCAGCGGGCCCCUCGCCCGGCUCCACCCGCGGGGCCUUGGCUCAGCCGGGGAUGGCGGCGCCCCCCGGGUCUGCCACGUCCAGCCGGUCCCGCAGCGCCGAGCUUCUGGCUCAGGGGCAGUCACCAAUCUCAGACCACCUUGCUUCUGGCUGUAUUUGCAAUAACUCCUUUAUUUUCCCCUCUUGUAGCUGUGACCAGUGAAAGGAGUGGCACUGAUAUAACAGAUGCAGCUAUUGCCACUCAGGCCCAACAUUUGAGCUCAUCUAAUCACCCAGAUUCUAAAGAAAACACUCUAGCAUCAAAACCAGGGCAACUCUUUGGAAUCCUGAAAGCAGAUUUUCUUAUCCCAGUUCUGAUGCACCCAGAAGACAUGAAAGACCAAUUCUUGAGUGAGAUCCAAGAAGUCUUAAAGCUUACAUAAUUAGGUCAUGAGCAAUUCAGAUUGAAAUGGGUUGGCUUUGAAGUAAACAAAAAAUAGCACACGUCUACUGUGACCUGGAGUCUCCUCACACAAUUUUCUCUGGAUUUUGAGUGAAUUUUAGUUUUUUAAUUCAUAGUAAAACAGAAGUAGAAGUCACUAGAUAUGUGAAGAGGCUAACUGGUGGAAUUUCAGACCUAUACUUAGCCUGUAAGAAAACUACUUAUGGGACCUGCAUCCUGGGGUUUUAAAGAAUGAAGGAAAGCAGAAGAUGGGG